AUGUCUCGCAGAAACAACCGCCGGGCGCGAUCCUCAAAGCCCACAAACCGUACCCCCGAGAGCCAGUUGACAAUCCCCAAGUCGCCCAAACAGAUCAAGAAGCAGAAACGUCGCUCGCGACGCGAAGCAAAGCGGAACCAGGCGCAAAACCGCAUGCGAGAACAAACCGUUGACAGCGACGGCGACAUAGACGCCAUUUCCGAGUCUGACGCAGAGUCCGAGCAGGAUACUCAACGCCGAAACACCAGACAGGAGAAGAUGGAUCUCGACCGAGCUGGACCAUUCGAUCUCCAGAGACUCCGCACGGCCGUCACGUCCAUCAUCAAAGAGUGCGUUGAGGAGUUUGGCGUGGCCAACAUGAACGACUACAUGGAUUGGCAGCCAGAACCGCCCACGCCUGUGUAUCUGGUGUUGUUGAACGAGAUGCCAUGUUAUCCGGCUGAAAGAGUCCACAGAUAUUGA